GUUACUGUUCUCCCGUAAAAAAAUGUGCAAGAGCCACGUGUCAGAAGGCUGGGUUGUUGGGAAAUGUUCAUGCAGGACGCCACGUAACCCUCCACUCUUGACUGUUUCACCAUCUCGAUCAGUGUCUGCGUGCUUCAGAUGGAUGAUCUGUUCUGUUCUGGUGGUAAAAAACAACAAUAAUAAUAAUUCCAAUUCCAAUGGUGAAGCUGGCGACGGCGCGAGAGAGCAGGGUGUACGGAUCACGGCGGAGUAGGGAGAGGUGGGAGUAUACCAACGCAGGAGUUUACGUCUUCUCCACGAUUGUUUUCUUGUGUGGGUUUGUGGCGCAGUUGUCCAGGGAGGCCAAAUCUGGACUGGUGGUGCUGUUGAUAGGGUUAGGGUUGAUAGUAGUGGUGAACAUACAUGAUCUGGUGGCACAUCUAGCCGCCAUUAAUUACCGCUUCCGUCUCAUGGAGCUGGAUUCUCAGCUUCUGUUUGUAGAGGUUGCCGUCCCCGCUCUUCAGGCAUUGGGCGCACUCUUAUUUUUCAUGGCCCUUCUUCUUCUCGUCCUUCAGGUAGACAGAGGGUUUGGUUAUGAUAAGAUCGAGGCUCAUGUUCUAAACUUGCUUAUUGCCGGCACUUCAUUAUGGGUGGUGGGCUCCAUCCACAAUUCAUGUCAAAUCUACGAGCGGGCAGACGCCAGUCUUCAGAUCUUGCAACAUGCUGUCCAGAUCCCCUUCUUAAUGGCCAGUUUCUUGUUUUUGGCCGGAGCCAUUGUUAAUUUCCUAGAGCAACUCGGCCACACUCAUCACGGUUUAAAUUUGUUGAGCUAUAGAUGGGUGUGGACAGGCAUCAUCGGCAGUUUGUUGUUAAUCAUUGGGGGGUUAGCAAAUGUUGUUAAAGUGGUGAAGAUGUUACAAAUGGAAGGUGAAAUAAAGUUGGAAAUAUUCCGAGGUGGAGCACAAGACCAGCUCCUCCAGCAACAAGAUGAUGAUUUCUUCUAGUCUAGAACAAGAUGACAAAGGAGAAGACCUAUCUCAUCUAUAAUUAGCAAACCAUUCUUUGCCUUGUCCAUCAACAUUAUCUCAUCAUAUAACUCUCACUUUAAAAAAAAUAAAAUACACACCUCUC